AUGGUUUUAAAGAUAGGAAACAAAACUGGAGACUCUGAGAGAGAUAUUUGUUAUCAUUUUACCCACACGCAUUUUAACAUGGGGGAAUUUUCUCCCGCUUGGUACAUUUUCAACUGCGUUGUAAACAUCGUGUUUUCCAUUACGGCUAUUGCAUCUAAUCUGGUAAUCCUUUUUGCUAUUCGCCGGACACCAACGCUUCACACCCCAUCUGGCACGCUUCUUUUCGGUUUGGCACUCUCCGAUCUUGGCGUUGGUUUAAUAGUCCAUCCUCUGUUUUUUUCGCAAAUAUUAGCCAAGGUUAUACGGGAUCCAUCGCUAUUCUGUGAUGCUGGAAUUACGGUGGAAAUCGCCGCGAACGCCCUUUGUAUCGUAUCUCUGCUAACUGUUACCGCUGUUAGUGUUGACCGGUAUCUAGCUCUUCGUCUUCAUUUAAGAUACAGAGAGCUCAUAACGAUAAGACGCGCAGUUUUGCUUCUCGUUGGUAUUUGGUUAUCCAGUUCAACAUUUGGUUCGCUGUGGCUAUGGCAACAUGAACUUGUGAAGAUAGUUGCAAUCACUAUCAUCAGCGUAAGUCUCUGUAUUGCUUCGUAUUCCUACAUGAACAUUUAUCGGAUCGUGUUGCGUCACAGGUCGGUCAUACGAGUGCAAAACUCGUCUGUCAGUCAGGCUUUUGACAAAGACGAACAAGAGAUAAACGUACAAAAAAUUAAGAAGCAAGCAGUUGGUUCAUUCUGGGUUUAUUGCCUACUAGCUGUUUGUUUCACGCCAUAUUUGUGUACCGUCGCUGUUAUAGAGGCCAAAGGCAUCACGAGCGCGACUCGCUUAUCGUAUGAACUUGGUGCAACUUUAAUCUUUGUCAAUUCAUCUCUCAACCCUCUCAUUUAUUGUUGGCGCUUGCGUGAAAUAAAUGAGGCCGUAAGACAGAUGCUGAGGAGUUUACACGGCUGA